CUAGAAAGAAUAUUUUUGCUUAGUAUUUUUGGCGAAGCAUUAUGAGAAUCGCUCAGAAUGAUUCUUGCGACAGUAGACUUGAGGGAACACAUUUUGAUAGUUGGGAAAUGAGAAGCUAGGCCACCCCUUUGUUAGCCGGAAGAGUGAAGGGUCAAGAAGCUGGACCAAUACGUGAAGCUGCACUGAAGGCAUAUAGAGAUGAUAAGGAGAGACACGUCAGAAGCAGCUCUACAAGAAAGCUGUGACAUCCCUGGCUGGGAAGGGCUGCCCUGGUUCUGGUGGUUUGGUACUUUUCCUUUGCUAAUUGGAAUUGUAAUUAGCAUAGACUAGGACAAGGCAUAUAAAGCUUGAAGGGGAGCAGGGGCUUCACAAAGUGUUACCUGUGUCUUUUGAUGGACUUCUGGGAGCUGGCAGGUGGGUCAGAGGCAGAAUACGGGAUGGGGCAUGCUUCCUGCUGCCUGCAGAGUGGGGAGGGGGCACACACAGUCCAGCAGGCAGUGGAGAGGCAUGGCUCCUCCGUGAUGCAUACAUCUUAAAUCCACAUGGUUGACCAUAGGAUUCUUUGGUGCUAGGAAGUGAAAAAUCGUAGUAGGCCAAUAGCACACACGUUCAGUCAGUCAGUCAACAAACAUUUAUUGUCUCUCAAGCCCCAGCCACUGUUAUAGGCACUGGAGAUAUGGUAAUGAACAAAAUUGACAAAGUCUCAUCUUCAUGUAGCUUGCAUCCUAGUGGAGGCCAUAGGUUGUAAAUAAAUCAUAAAUACGUAAUAUAAGGUAGUGGUAAGUGCUUUGAAGUAAACUAAGGCUCAGGAUGUGUUAGAGAGUGAGGGGCUCAUACUGAGAAUGACGAUGAAAAGGAUGAAAAGAGAAGAAAUACUCUUUCUCAAAAUGAAGAGGAUGUUGCCGGGGUUGAGGGCGGGGGUGUGCGGCGGAGUUGAAGUAUCACACUUGGCCCUAUAGGCAGCGAAAGGAGACAGCAGGAUUGGAAGCCAGUUUUCUGUUGACUGUGUUACAAACAUGUUUUCUACAUAGGGGGAUGGAGUGUCCUGGGGGCAGUGAGCAGAAUUACCAGGGUUCCCAUCUGGCUGGACUGACUGAUAGAACAAAGUUGACUGUUGGAACUGAAGGAGAGGGCUGAACCCCCCUCAUCGAGUCAAGUCCAUCUCCAUGACAACCUUCACAGAGCCUGAAGUAGUGUUCCUGCAGUCCCGGGGAAACGAGGUGUGCAGGAAGAUUUGGCUGGGGCUUUUUGAUGCUCGGACAUCCUUAAUACCAGAUUCCAGGGAUCCUCAGAAAGUGAAGGAGUUUCUCCAGGAAAAAUAUGAGAAGAAGAGAUGGUAUGUCCCCCCAGACCAAGUCAAGGGGCCCGAGUAUACCAAAGGCAGUGCCUCCACCCCAGUCCAGGGCUCCAUCCCGGAAGGGAAGCCCCUGCGGACACUUCUGGGAGACCCCGUGCCAUCUCUCUCAGCUGCUGUCUCCACCUCCAGCCAGGCUGUCAGUCAGUCUCAGCCUCGGACGUCCCAGCCCCGGAGCUCUCAGCCAGCUCCCCACUCCUCAGUCAAAAAAGCCAGUACGGACCUGCUGGCUGACAUCGGUGGAGACCCUUUCGCUGCUCCCCAGGUGGCACCAGCUUUUGCUGCAUUCCCAGCCUUUGGGGGCCAAACGCCGUCCCACGGGGGCUUUGCCAACUUCGAUGCCUUUGGCAGCAGCGCCAGCUCCUCUGCGUUUGGAAGCAUUCCUCCUGCUGGCCAAGCCCCGUUCCCGGCCCAGCCGGUGCCCCCAGCCAGUCGGAUGCUAGCGGGAAGUUACAGCUUUGGGAGCAGCCAAGCGACUCCAUUUGGUGCCUCUCCUCUUGCACCUGCCGGUCAGCCCAACAACCUGGCAGAUAUGGGCAGCCUGCUGGGACCAGGGGCAUCAGCUGGAGGCAUCCCUAACAGCGUCUUCGGGAUAGCCAGCCAGGUCCCCACGCUUCAGUCGGCCCCCACUGGUGGAGGCAGCAGCACAGGGCUUGCCUUUGGAGCCUUCAACCCCUUCACGGCACCUGCUGCUCACCCCCAGCUGCCUUCCACCAACCCGUUCCAGCCCAAUGGUUUGGCCACAGGACCCGGCUUCGGGAUGAGCAGUGCGGGGCCUGGCUUCCCCCAGACAGUGCCCCCCACUGCUGGGGCCUUUUCCAGCCCCUUCCCACCCGCGCUCUUCCCCGCUCAGCCCUCCGGACCGCAGCAGCCGGACGGCUCUUCCUUCGGAGACCUGGGACCCGCCAAGCUGGGGCAGAGGCCCCUGAGCCAGCCGGCCGGGAUCUCCACCAACCCCUUCAUGACUGGAUCCUCAUCAAGCCCAUUUGCCUCCAAACCUCCGACCACCAACCCCUUCUUGUAGCACUGUGUCCUGGGGGGGCCUGCUCUCUGGGCCCCUCUUCUCCCUGGAGCUCUGAUGACCACUAGCCUGUGGCAUUUCUGCGGGUCUGAGACCAGAUGGGUCUUGUUUUGCAGGGUGGGGGGCUGGGGAUGGUGGAGGUGCUGAUGCUUUGCUUGGGGCUUGCAGAUCAAAGGGCAGCUCCCCGGGUCAGCUGCCCCAAGGCUUCCUCCCUCCAGCCCUGACCCAGGCAGGGGGCCCGGGAGGCGAGAUGGCAGGGCCUAGCCUAGAGGAGCAGUGGUGUUUCAUUCUGCAAAUUAUUAAUUAUGACAGUAAUCCUCUGUCCCUCCUGCCCUUCACGCCCAGCCCUGUGGGCGGAGGAAGUCGUGGGCACAGCCCUCCCCCAUGCCAGCUUUCCAGCGCUGUUCUCCUCGUGGACAGAAGCACAGUGGGGAAAGUAGGGCAAAGGGGGAGAUGAGGCGUGCAUGGUGUUGAUGUGGUAACCAGAUGGGCGGGGCAGGGGGGUGUCAGCACCCCCUUUCCCCAUGUGUUUGCUUCCCCAGCUCCUCCCAUGUCCUGGGCACUCAGGAUGAAUGGUUUUAGCUGCGUACUUACACAUGCCCAGCUCCUGGCAAGCACUUUAGUUCGCUGCGGUGUCAUGUUUGGAUAUCAGUGUUUUAUAUUUAUACAUAGAGAAUUUUCUAAUAUAGCCUAUUAUACAUACAAAUAUAUAUAUGCACACGCACGCACGCGCAGACCCCCACGCCGGCUCCCUCCCUCUCCAGACAGCUCCUUCCCAUGGGGAAUGGAACGAAUCCCUAUCUGUGCCUCAACCAGGGGGUGGGGGGGAGGGAGCCACACGUCCUGACCACCCCCAGAGCCUGGGCUUUUCCGGGGAAAGGCUUUGUGCAAUUGGCUGUUUUUUUCCUUUCUUUUCUUCACGUGCCUUCCCCAUCCUACCCCGCCCCCAGAUCCCUGCACCAAAGCUGUUGCAGGCAAUGUUGGAAAAGAACUGCAUUUGAAAGAAAAAAAAAAAAAAAAAGGCUCUCAGGGUCUUGCUUGGGACGAGCUUGAGGGGCCUCAUGUUCAUCAGUGUGACUGCCUGGGUUGGUGACAGCGUGGCUGUUGGCCAGAGACAGAGUCAGUCCCUGUCUGAAGUGGAGUCCAGUUUCAGCAGCUGGGAGAGCUGGGGGGAGCAGACUUUGGGGGCAGGAAGGGGGACCAAGGUGGGGCCUCAUCAGAUACAGCACUCCCAGGUCAGGGGCCUCCUCAGACCCUUUCCACGUGGGGUGUUGUGUCAACAGCUGGCCUGUUUGUGUGGUGACAAGACAGGUGGCUUGGGUUAAACACCUCACCUGGCGAAGAGGCCCAGUUUCACCCUGCUGCCUCAAGCAGCUCCCUUUCCACCGUCACCGUCUGGCCCCUCUGCCGUCCCUUCUUGGGAUUUCCCUGGGUCUCUCCACUCAGUGACCUUGAAGAGCCUGCCAGCAAGAAGCAGUGGGGACAGUGUUAUCACUUACUUACUUUGAGGGUUUUUCUGUAAAUACCUUCAACUGCUCUACCUUCCCAGGGCUCGGGCCCCAGCCUGUCCUGUUCCUGUUCUCCAGGCUCUACCCUCCUCCCAUCUCCUGGUGGCGCCCCCAGGGUGGCUGGACCACCAUCUGUUUUUCCCCUGGGUGUUUCAUGUUCUGGCCCCUCCACCUGUUACCUGUUUCCCAUUCUCUGCCCAGAGCCAGGGAGGGAGGGAAGCUGAAAUCUCCGUGGUCUUUUCUUCUUGUGCCCCCUCCCCCGCCCCCACCAUUCCUAACCUCGAACUCUGAGGUUUGGAUGUGAGAUUUAAAGGACCAGGCGCUGCAGUGCCUCGUACUGUGUGUUUCA